AUGGAGAUUUUGUGUGAGUAUGACUUUGAGGUAAGGUACAUACAUGGUAAGGAGAAUGUGGUAGUAGAUGCAUUGAGAUAUAGGAGGCAUGAGGUAUUAUUAGUGGUUCUCAAUGUUGAUUUGAGGUGUCGUAUUCUCAGUGCACUUCCAGCAAAUGCUUGGUAUCAGGAAGUUAGAGAGGAGAUUUCUUUAAGGAGGCCUUUGGACGACAGGUAUAUGGGAUAUUCACUAGAGUCCAAUAGAUUUCUUCGUCAUCUAGGACGUAUCUAUGUUCCACCAUCGGAUGGUCUUCGAGCAUUGAUUCUAUCAGAGGUUCAUCAUGCACCUUACUCUGCACAUCCAUGUGUCAAGAAGAUGCAUGCAGACCUAUAUCAUUGGACGGGCAUGAGGAGAGACAUAGCGGAUUAUGUAUCAUGUUGCUUAGAGUGUCAGCAGGUGAAGGCAGAGCAUCGACAUCCAACAAGUUUAUUGCAGUUGAACCUGAUUCCAGAGUGGAAAUAG